CCUGGUUUAGAAUAAUGAGUAAUUAUACGAAUUUAUCCUUAUGUUCACGUGCAUAUGUUUUUAUUUCCUCGACUGACAUAAUUAUUACUAAGAAAGUUUUUGCGGUUCUGCUUAAUGACUGGUACGAAAAUUUGCAUGAUGUAAUUAUUAAGUAUUCGAAAGUUUCUGUUAAUGACUGGUACGAAAAAUUGCUUGAUUUGGGGUUAAAGAGUUUUUUUUUUUCAUAAAUAAGGGCCAAUUUUUUUUCUUCAGAAAUAUUUCUUUUUUUCUUAAAUUGUAAGAAAUCCCAUUUUUCAAAAGUAUCAUUAUGGAAUCAGGAAAUAAAUUGAGAGAAUCCUCUCGUAAGAAAAUUGAGGAAUUGCUAAUCAAAGGAAAUCAUAAGCGCAGUGAUAGAGGCCGAAGCAGAAGCAAAAGCAACAGCAGUAAAACCAACAUCAACACCAACGAAACCAUCAAUGACGAAAUUUAUAUUUCUCAGACUAAGAGAUGGCUUCUUGCAAAUUCAAAAAUUGAAGAAAUACAAGAGUUUAAAUCUGAGUUAAAAACUUUACUUUCUGAUAAAAUAAAUUUGUCAUCAAGCGUUAAAGAAUCAUUCAUAGCGGAUGUUGUGAAAAAUGUUUCAAAAUUAUUAAUAAAAGUAUCGAUUUACCCAACAAAAGAUGAAUGUUGUGGAGCGGUUGAAGGAUAUUUAUCACUGAACCAUGCGAGUUUUUUCUCUAAUUUUACUGAAGACGAUUGGAUCUCAUUUUACAACGAGAAUAUACAUAAACAAUUAACAAAACAAGUACGGUCCGUAAAAGGAACAUUGUCCUCAAAAUCAAGGGAGGCUAUUUUUUCUAUAUUCGGAUACCGUUUACCACCUAUAAACACAAAUGCCAGGCCGUCUGAAGUAGCAAAAUGGAAGAGAAAACCCGAGGUUAAAAGUUGUUAUGAAAGCCUGUUUACAAAGAUGAAUCCCAAGGACAAAAAUUCUUCGAUUGUUUUAGUGAGCAUUAUUGACAGAGUCCUCCAAAAUGACCAUUCUAAUGCAGAAAUUGCAUAUGUUCUUGCGAUCUGCUCAACAAUUUUGAACCCAAAUCAUGAAGAAAUAAUGUUGAAAAAGAAUAUCAUGAAACAAAAAGUUAAAAAAUUUUUAAAAAAAAUCAAUAAUCAAACGGGCAUAAAUUAUUCCGAUUUUGAAGAUAAUAGCUAUGAGGAAGAAGAAAGUGGAAAUGAAACUGAAGAUGAUGAAGAUGAUGAUGUGAUGAUGUAUAAUAAGAAAAGAAUCACAGGUACUCAAAACCACCUAAUUUCUGUAAUAAACUUUUACAAUCUCAAUAUGAAUAGCUUUUCAAAGUCUAUAGACGAUAAUAAUAUUUUAUUUGAGCAAUUUUUAGGUGAUAACAAUUCAGAAGAAGAGCUAGAAUAUGAUGAAACAUUUUUAGAACAAUUGAUAAACCAAAAUUCAAUAUUAUUAGAAGCUGAAUCAAACAAACAAUCUAAUAUUUUUCACAUCGAAAAUUUUUUGCGGGCACAUGAAACUGUUUGA